CUUCACAUUUUAUGAAAAAACAUUAACUGUUACAAAUUAAUCGUGAUUUUAUAAUCUUCAAAAUUCCUCGUUAUCACAAUAAAAACGUUACUGAAUUAUUGAGCAAUGUUCUUAACUUGCUAAAGCGUGGAAACAAAAUGUUUGGCAAAAAAGCUCCCAUUAAGUUUGCACGCGAGCCAAGCACUAGCUCUCCAAAAGGUAAAGACGUUUUCCCCGAAGUGGCCUUAGCGGCUAUCGCUUCUUACAAGAAACAAAAAGAAGUUAGUGACUUUAUGAGCUUUUUUCUUGGGGCUCUUGAUCGGAAUUCCGACUGGCUAAACGGGGUCAUUGGUAAGCAAACUAACUUUAGAUGUGCAUUGAUGGUAGGCGCCGGACCGAACAGAUUCCAUCUCCAGGAAAUAAUAUACCCGACUAGUGAAAACGAUAUCAAACUAGAAGUGGAGCACAGAGAUUCCGAAGAUUACGACAAAAUCGCGAUUGCUGCUUUAUUGAAACUGUCGAAUUCUGAAAUCGAUCUACUUUUAAAAUAUAUUAAAACUCGUCUAUAUGAUAAUCGAGUUCUAAAAGAAGAUUUGCUAAAAGGGAGAUCACUGGGAAUUAGUUUCGCAGUUUUGAGACCUUUUUCAGAAAAGCAAUAUCGUGUCGUUGAAAGGAUAGUUAUAGGAAGUUCCAUGAAGUGCGUACUGCCUUUGAAGAAAAGGAAGCUAGAUGAAAAAUCGAUACCCAGGUCUCCUCUAAAGAAGACCAAACACGUCGCGUAGUGCUGUAACUAUCGAAGAGAGUGAAAUAACUUGAAAUAAAUGAGUUCUCGUCACGGUGUACCGCAUUGUGUCAUACAGCCUGUAAUGACAGCAAUUCAGGGCGACUGUAAAAUGCGGCGAUCACGGCAAAUUAUACUCAUUCCUGCAUUGAUAGCUUCCGAUUACUCGUGAUUGAUGGCCGACGUUGGUGGCGAAAUAUAAUGUAACGAAAUAUAUUUUAAAAUCUACUUUAAUAACC